GCUCGUCCCCCGGGCCGGCGAGGAGGCCGGGAAGGGGCGGUCCGGUUGGGAGAGCCCCUUUUCCGUCUUCCCUGAUGCGGGGACUGGAUGGAAUUUGACAGGCUGGGGUCAGGGUUGUUGGCUUCCUUCAGAAGCUCCACAUGCGGGCUUCCUCUGGAAUCCCGAGAGUGACCAGGUCGCUGAGGACACGUUGAAUAGAUAGCGGCUUGCUGCCUCAGUUUCCUUGUUGUGUAAAAUAGAGGUAAAGCAGCCUCUGGGCUCCCUACUGGCCAUCCCACGGGGCCGGGGGCGUUGCGGGACAACGUGAGGUAACACAAGCAUGUGACCCUGUGGAGACAGGCGGUUAUGCUGAGAACGCGGUGGCCCGCGGCCGGCAGACGAAGGUCUUGUAGGUAGGGGUCUUUUCCCCAGUUUUGCCUUCUCCCGUCCCUCCCCUCAUCUGAUCAUGGAUCAUGCUUUGAACCCGAUGGCCGAUCUGAACUGUUGUCACUGAACUUGGUGGAACAAGGAUCAAGAAAUCACUGGUACCAUUAUCACAAUGUUCUUGUCAGUUACGAGGCCCCCUUGUCUGGUUUCCGCAGAGAAAAUAUGAGCGUCCUGGAACGAGGGCAUACUCAACAGAGACACUGAAUUUUAGGGGUUGUUGCUGUGUCGGUUGUAAUAUCGCGUCAUCAUAGCUGGCUGACUGACUUUCUUGGCUUGCCAGGGGCUGGUACAUUAUUGAUGAGUUAGUGCUAUGCUUGAAUACUUCUCAAAUUCCGGGACAAGGAUUUGUCGGGAACUCUGAAGGGAAGACUGUUGGGCACGCCCCAGGGUGUAUUUAUUCAGGAGAUUGAGAGAUCACAUUUCUGUAAAUUCGGCACAAGGGCGUAACACCCUUCCAUCUUAGUCUAAGGAUCCGUAGAAUCGGAAAGCAGGGGUUCGCAUUUUUGCGCUGGCAAUGACUAGCUUUGUGUCCAAAGAUAAGUCACCCAGACUUGGAACUUUCUUUUUCCUCUCUAAAACGGGAGACGAUGGUAUGUCAGCUGUUGGCUUUUCAAGGAUCAAAUGAGAUCAUGAAUGUGAAAAUGAAAGGGUGGCUAAGUCGGUAUUGUUACUAAGAAAUUCACACUGGUCCCCUAGCCUGGAUAAGAGAUGUGUGCUUUCAGAGUCAGGUUCUGAGUCAGAACUAGAAAUAGAGCAGCAGAUAAGAUGCAGCCUCCACCCUAGUGGAGCUUAUGUUGCAGAGGGGAAUCAGGCAACAGAGAAUGGGGACAUGAUACUGUUUCAGAGUGAUGUAUACAGUGAAGCGAAGGAAGGCAAGAACAACAGUGGGAGAGCAGGGCAGGUGGUUUCUGAUGGGGUCAGGUGGUACCUUUCAAAGGAGGUGACGGUAAUUGACUGAAGGGAGAGGAAGAGCCUGAUGGAAGAACAUUUCAGGCAGGAAUGAUCAUCUCAGUAAACACUUACAUAGAGCUUACUAAAAGAGGCAGCCUUCUAAACACUAAGUGAAUUUUUUACAACCUUCUGGGAUAUGUACUGAUAUCUCUAUUUUUAUAGAUGAGGAAAUGGACACACAGAUAGGUUAAGAAUUUGCUCAAGAUUGCACAGCUAAAACAUAAAAGGGACAGUAUUUGAAUUUGGGCAACCCGACAGUUGUACAAUCCUGCCUCACAGCUGGGGCACCAACAGAACAGUGCUCUGAGGUGAGAGCAAGCCUGAGGGGGCCAAGACACAGCCAGGUGAGAGUGUUUAGGACACAGCAGGAAGGGGGAAGGUGGUGGUGGAUGAUGUGACAGGGCCAGACUCUGGGGGCCCUUGUAGGCCAUGGUGGCAUGAAGAUGCUGCUCUAAGUGUGGUAGGAAACCUCUGGAAGGUUGAUAUCCAGGGAGUGGCAUGUGCUUUCAGUUUUGUUGGAUGGAGAGUUAGCUGGAGGGCCAUGGAGGGGAAGUAGUGAGAGUGGGGAGAUGGGAGGCUGCCCCUGGGGGAGAGGUGCUGGGGUCUUGGGUGGGGGAGGUAGUUGGAGAGAAGAUGGUAACUUUUGAAGCCAGAACUGCUGGUGUGGGCUUACUAGCUGGCGUGUGAGGAAAAGGAAGGAGCAGUGACUUCCUCGGUUUUACGCUGGAACAACUGGAUGAAUAGUGGUGCUGUUUAUGGAAAAGGGAGAAAGGGGUUUGGGAAGAAAACCGUGACUUCUGUUUUGGACAAGUUUUCUAUGCUGCACGGGCACAGCAGCAACAGUACUGUGCUGGUAGACAGUGAGCCGAGGCUGCGUGAGCUGUGUGCUCUGUGGGGUUUUAAGCAUUUUUACGUAUAUGAAUUCAUUUAACUCUUAAAACAGUUGUCUGUGCUAGGAACCAUUGGGAUCCCCAUUUUACAUGUGAAAGGAGAGGCACAGAGAGGUUAAAAGUCACCUGCCUAGUGGGGAGGGGAUGGCUCAGUGGUAGAGUGCCUGCUUAGGAUGCACAAGGGCCUGGGUUCAAUCUCGAGUACCUCCAUUAAAGUAAAUACAUAAAUAAACCUAAUUGCCUCCCUCCCAAAAAAAAGGAAAAAAAAAAAUAAGCAACCUGCCUAUGGUCAUCCAGCUUGAGAGCGAUGGAGUGAGCUGGGAUUCAAACCCAAGCAGUCUGGCUUCAGAGUCUGGGUGGUUGGUCCCAGUAGCUACCCCUAAGGCGACACACUGAGUAGGCAGUUGGAUGAAUGAAUAUGAAACUUGGGAAUGGUCAGGGCUGAAGACAUGAAGACACACAUUUCUGCUUCUAAAGAGAAAGCCUGCUUUUGGUCCUCAUCUAAGCCUCGACUGGCAAGCCCGGGGCUCUGCUACCUGGCCUUUCAGUACUUGACUCUGUUCAUGUAGCCAAGAGUCAGUACCCCACUUCCGGGAGUCUCCAGAGGGUGAGAUCUGCAGCCCUGGCCCUUCUUUGUCUCUAGUCCCUAAUCCAGAGCCUGCCAUGGAGGGGAGGCGAGGGAUAACUUUGCAGGACACUGGGUUAGGUUUGGGGCCUUCAGAGAUGAAUAAAACAUAGCUGCCUUUCUGGAGGAGCAGAAUACAGGGAAGGACCUGCGGGAAUAAAACUAGAGCAGGCUAAAUGCAUCACUGCAGCGUGAUGACUUCAGUCUGGCCUUCUGGCCACCCCCUUGCCCCAGACGCUCAAGGAGUAGGGCAAGAAUGGGUCAAAGGGGACAGAGAAUGAACAAUCCUAGGGUGAAUUUGAGGCUCCUAAAGUGUCCUUUUCAACAAAAGAAUUACUCAGAGUGCGUCGGUUACUAUAUUUGCAUUCGUUUUGUUUGGCAACUGUAUAAUUCUUACCAAAUGAAAUAAAAUUCGAUAUUUGAAUAUCACGGGGGAGUGAUGAGUUUUCCCAGUUCUGUUACGUCAGUGUUGACAAGGCACACUAGUGAAAUAAGGGAGUUGGCUUGAAAUGUUGCAGCUUGCGUACUAGAGGGUGACGGAGGGGUUGUGUGAAGCAUUUAGGCAGGUUUCCACCGGUUUAAGUGUGUCCUGCCAAAGUUCCACACAUUGGAGUAAGUUUGAGUUUCUCUGCUGAUCGUCCCUUUAACAUUGAGCAAGGUUUUUUGUCAUGGAAAGAGGACCUGGUGCUAUUUGCCAUAGGCGGAAUUGUAGAUCGCAUCUCUUAUAUGUGGAAUGAGGUGGAAAUGAGAAACUUGAACAAUACAGACAAAAAUAAGGAUUUUUAUUUCUGUCGAUCUCUUUUAGGGUGUACAGUAACCUCCACACAUUUCUCAUGAGUUUGUUUCUUCUUAAUAGAACUAUUUCAGAUUCGAGCCAUUAAAAGAUUAUAUACAUUUACACCAGUGUAGAUUUUAUAAUUGAUCUCAGUUUUUUUCCUUACAAUAUAUAGAAUUAUAUUUUGUUUAGCUUUUUGAGCUUUCAGUGGGAGAGUUGACCUGAAUAACCAGAACUCUAUAUAAGCAGGAACCCUCCACAAGUACAGAUGUGGAGAUGUGCUGUCUCAUUUUGCAGGUCACAAAAUUUUAGAUUUGCUGUUGUGACAUCCCUAAAUUUAAUGCAAUAGAAGUGAUUAGUUUUUUUUUUAAUCAUAAUUGCAGUUAGCUUAAAGAACAUUACAUGUGGUAGGAAGUAGAACUUUGUCUUAAAUGACCUGUUGAUGUCUCAGGCUUUGUCAUUGCCUUUUUAAAUUCAAAUAUUAUUUUAUCACUUUCAAAGUUCAGGCUCUGGGAGAGCAGGUUGAUGGUUAUUUAAUUGUAUCAGGUAGCACCCAGCAGAGAGAAGGUAAGCCCUUCUACUUUUUUUUUCUUUUUUUUUUAAAGCCUUUUUCUUUUAAAGGAGCUACUUUAUAAAAUUUUAUUUAUGUAUUUAUUUAUUUAUUUAGAUAUUAUUUAGUGGCGGUACUGGGGAUUGAACCCAGGACCUCCUGCAUGCUGAGCUUGAGCUCCCACUGAGCUAUACCCACCCCCUCAAGCCCUUCUAUUUGAAGGCAGCAGAAACCACUCAAACACUGAUCAGAUGAAAUAUAGCAUCCUAGAUGUUCCUGCCCUACAGACAGCGUUCUUAAAGCCAGUUCUCCUACUGCAAAACUGCUAGUUUCAAGCUGCACUCUAAGCCAUCAAUCUACAGAGAGAGAAACAUGAGUUCUGGAAGUCAGAGUCCAAAAUGGGUCUUCCUGAGUGUUGGAAAGGCUGAGUUCCUUUCUGGAGGCUUUGGGGAGAAGGUGUGGGUGUUUCAGGGCCAUCUCUGAGGACAGUGCGCAGAACACCUGCUCCAGCUGCUCCCUUCCUGGCCUUGUCCCAUGAGGGAAUCGGGAUGAGACCGCUGCCUUCCCCCCACAGGACGUGUGAUUUCUGACUCUCGUGCCGUGUCCAUGCUGCAUCCUUUGCCUCUUCCUCCUGAGUGCUCUCCCUCUGAGAGCAGCUGUCGGGUGGGAGCAGGCAUCCCACCCAAGUCAGCGCUGCUGGGAGGCGCCUUCUGACUCACGCUCAGACUCCGCGCCAGGGCGGCCAAGUCCUGGGACUAAUUAAAAGGAUUUAUCGUAUGACUCUUUGCUGGAGCCUUGGGGGAUAGGCUCCUGACUUUGCUGCCCCCUCUCCCGGCACAUCUCUCUCCCUCUUCGAGAUUUGAUGCCUUCUUGAUUACUGUUUGGACUUCACCCAAACAAAACUGCUGCUCUGACCCAAAAACCUACAGUUGGGAUUAUUUCCUGCACUGAUGUCCUGUCUUGACUUGAGCCAGGGACCCUCCCAGGAGGAGAGAGGCGGCAGUAUCACCUGGAUUGGAAAGGUGCCAGGAUCAGUGCACAGGUGUCACGGCUCGUCAUCUCUUGCCCUAGACAAUUAGAUUAAGUUUUGCGCCUGGCCUUAGCAGAAGACCAGUUUAUCUGCACUCCUCUUAAAGCCGAUAAUGAAGUACUAAAGAAAGGGAAAAAGCAAUUUCUCAAAUGCAGUGCACUUUCCUGUCAAACUCAGCUGCUUAGAUGUGAGAUAAGAUGAAUGCCAUGUCUCAACCAACACUGAAAAUUUGAAGUUCAGAAGACAUUUACUCAGUCAAGUCACUUCACUCAUUUCCGCCAGUUUGCAUUUAAUGGAAGGAGACGAUUGUCUACCCACGUACACGUCUAACUGCUAAUAGAAAGUGAAGUGAUGCAGAUGAGAACUAGGACCUUUCGCCUGAUCAUAACGCAUUGAAUCCCCACCCUUGUAUGCACUAACACAGCCCCGCUUCUGCAGGACUGUGCCAAGAGCCGGAGUCAUGCAGAUGAGAGGGAAGUUAUUAUUCAAGUCAGAUACUUCAGAAUGAAGAAUUCUUUAUCAGUCCCACCAAAAGAUCAAGGAGGUGUUUCCACGCUCACCAGUCCUGUUGAGAAACAGCUGACUCAGAAGAUGUCGGAAUCCCCUGGAAAGACAGUGUGUACAGGUGAACCAAGCAUCCCUUCCGGGACCGUUCAGAUUGGGAAAGGUCUGCAGAGUAAGAGUCAGUUUAGAACCAUCGCUCCAAAAAUCGUGCCCAAAGUCCUGCCACCCCGAGUGCUCACGUGCCCUUCGCCGUCCCUCCCUGAUCAGGCGAGUCCAGGCCCCCCCUUCAGCUCGAAGCCCCUGGGGAUGCCCACCCAGAAUUAUGCGCUGAUGCAGGUCGCUGGCCAGGAGGGGACAUUUUCUCUGGUCGCUCUGCCCCACGUUGCCUCUGCUCAGCCCAUUCCGAAGUCCAGACUGCCUCUUCCUGAGAACCUAAAGCUGCCUAUUCCCCGGUACCAACCCCCAAGAAAGAGCCAAGGAGCGAGAAGGAAGCCUAUGCCCAGCUCCUCUGAGAGCAGCAAACCCCCUGUCCAAACCCACGCACCCCCCGCCCUGCCUGCCCGUCCUGAGCCCCCGCCCAGGCCCCGUCCACCCGAGGCCUGGGUGCCACCAGACCAGGCCCUGGCAGGUGUGGGCACCACCGUGCUGACCAACGGGGAUGACCACAGAGACUCCCGGCCUCCAGGGACCAGUGCCCAUGCAGAUCCAAACCCUCCUGCCACCCCAGCAUCGUCUAUACCGCAGGGGCCCACUGCCAAGCUGGACCUCCCAAAGACGUCAGGGAAAGCAAACCAUGCUGGCCAGAAAGCAUCCAGGAAACCCGCCACUGUUCCCAGUGAGAAACUUAAAGGACAGGCCAGUGUUGCCAAAGCCAUGACCCAUUUGUCAUCAGCUGUAUUUGGCAACACGAUUCAAGUGGUCUCUUCUGUCUCUAGAGGUAAACUGCCCAUCCUCCCCUACUCAAGAAUGAAAGCACCAGAGGUUUACAAGAGUGAAUCGGCCAUUCACACUGUGGAUAUUUCUUUACCUGGGCUCCGGGCAGCCAGUGACAAGACCUUGGGGGUCACAGAAGGCUUCUGUGUGGCGCCACAGGUGGCCAACAAGGUCCCUGUCCCACCGGUGUUGAAGCAGAACCCUGGUGAAAAUGCCUUCAGUCUGGCCACCAAACCCGAUCUUAGCCACAAAACAAAACUGAAUGGUGGGGCAGCAAAGAGAAAAGGCAGGAAGCGAAAGGUACCAGAUGAGCUUUUGACAUUUCAGGGCAAAAGAAGGAAAUUUGUCUUGAACAAGUGUAGAGAUGGCAAAGAAAGGGUCCAGGCCGAUCCGCAGGAAGCCAGCGGCCCGACACCUGGGACUGUGAGAAAGUACCGGAGCAUCAUGCCCAAACCUGCCACCGUCCCGCCGGCUCCGGGCCCCCCGGCCUCUCCCGUGGCCCCAGUCCAGCCCCCGCUGCCCGGCAGCCCAGCACAGGAUGUGCUGCUGAGUAAUCCCUUCUCCCCGGAACACCUGGGCUCUAAGCAGGCCGACGGCCCUUCCCCUAAGCCCAGCACUGCGUUCAGACGCGGGCUCUCCGGCCUUAAGAAGCCUUGGCACCGAUGCCACGUGUGUGAUCACCACUUCCAGUUCAAACGGCACCUCCAGGAGCACAUGAACACACACACCAACAGGCGGCCCUACAGCUGCCGGCUCUGCCGCAAGACGUACAUGCGGCCGGGCAGCCUGAGCGCCCACGUGCGGCUCCGGCACGCGGACAGCCGGCCCCGGAAGCUCAUGUGCUGUGAGCUGUGUGCCAAAGUGUUCGGCCACUUGCGAGUCUACUUUGGCCACCUGAGAGAGGUUCACAGAGUCGUCAUCAGCACCGAGCCCGCCCCCUGCGAACUGCAGCCCGGAGACCAGAGUGCCAGGGAGCCGGAGGGGCCAGUGGACAGGGAGAACAGGCCCAGCCUUGAAGAAGACCUCCUUCUGAACCAGGCCGACGAAGUCAAAUUACAGAUCAAAUGUGGCCGCUGUCAGAUCACUGCCCAGUCUUUUGCUGAAAUCAAAUUUCACUUACUCCACGUUCACGGAGAGGAAAUUCAGGGCAGGUUACAAGAGGGGAUCUUCCCUGGAGGCAGAGGCACUCAGGAUGAACUGCGGAAACACGCUGCUCCUUCCUGGAAACCACAGUCCAAGAGAAGAAAGAUGUUUAAGCAUCGUCCCUCUGAUGAGGAACUCCACGCAUUCCCCACGUUGAAAAAGCAGCUCUGCCUCCAUCAGCAGAACGACGUGGAAAUCCUCACAGGGCACGAAGGAGCCCAGCCAGGACCCUUUGAGCCCAGAGGAGACCCCCAGAGCCCCGAGUGUCCCGGGCCCCCUACUGCCCCCCUCCCAGCCCAGCCAGGCUUUAACUGCAUCCUUUGUGCACAGACGCUGGGAAGGAAGGAAGACCUGCUCCUGCACUGGGAACAGCAGCACAACUGUGAGAACCCUCCCCAGCUCUGGACCAUUUUCCAUGCGCUCUCCAACCGGGGAGUCAUCACGCUCUCCAGCGAAACCGAAAAAUGAAACACAGGGGCGAGGAGGAGUUAGGAGAGGCUUGCUCUCAGCUUCCUCUCGGGGCUUUGUGGUGCUUAAUUACAGAAAUCAAACAAGUUAGGAUCAGCAUUAAUGAGCAGGAGUGGUUUUUGAACAUAGUUCUGUUUUGUUAUGAAAUAUAUAUAUAUAUAUAUAUCAUUGAUGCAUUUUUCUAACAUAUGCAGGUUUUUUUAAUUUGAUGUACUGUUAUGUUUAUUUCAGAUUCAAUAAAAAGCUAAAUUUGGAGGUUGAAA